UAGCAGAGAUUUGCUCCAGUUUGUCCCCCCCCCCCCUCCUCCUCCUCAGCUGUCUCAUAAACAGCAUUCAUCACAAACAGUGAAGUCUCUCGCAGUCUAGAAGCUGCUUUGGGUUUCUCCACAAGUCCACGCCCCUGCUGUGGCUGCUGACAGUCGGCUACAUGCCUGCAUGCUGCUCUGGCUGGACGAGGAGGAUCCAGGAAGGCUGGCGGACAGAGAGGAGAAGAAGGGGCACCUCGCACAUCAUGAUCUCAGACCUCAUCGCAUAAAAAGCCGAGCACCAGCAUCCUCAAGUCCAGCUCUCAUCUAACGGAAGGCAUCAUGAUUCCUGUGAUGGAAUUCCGUCAGUUCUCUGAACAGCAGCCAGCGUUCAGAGUCCUGAAGCCGUGGUGGGACGUGUUCACCGACUACCUGGCUGUAGUCAUGCUCAUGAUUGGUGUCUUUGGAUGCACUCUUCAGGUAAUGCAAGAUAAAAUCAUAUGCCUUCCUAAGAGAGUACCGGAGAACACAAGUGAAGUGGAAGUGAAGUCACUGUUACCCCUGCAAUCCAAUAUUUCAUCCGUACCAAGCGAAAUGACAGGCCUGAAAACCGAUCUGGAUCUUCAACAGUACAGUUUCAUCAAUCAGAUGUGUUACGAGAAGGCUCUGCAUUGGUAUGCCAAGUACUUCCCUUAUUUGGUCCUUAUACACACACUCGUUUUCAUGGUGUGUAGCAACUUCUGGUUCAAAUUCCCCGGCUCGAGUUCUAAAAUAGAGCAUUUUAUCUCCAUGCUUGGCAAGUGCUUCGACUCUCCCUGGACCACGCGAGCUUUGUCGGAGGUGUCCGGAGAAAAUCCUGAAGAAAAGGACCAUAAAAAGAGUGCCUCUUUUAAGUCCAACAUCACCGUGUCUCCUGGAGAAGGAAGUCUGGAGAAGACACAGUCCCUCCGGUCGAUCCCGGAAAAGAUUGUAGUCGACAAGCCAUCAGCAAGCGUUCUUGAUAAAAAAGAGGGCGAGCAAGCUAAAGCUCUUUUUGAAAAGGUGAAGAAGUUCCGUAUACACGUCGAGGAAGGAGACAUCCUCUAUCUUAUGUACGUUCGGCAGACAGUCUUCAAGGUGUUUAAAUUCCUUCUGAUCAUCGCUUACAAUAGUUCUCUAGUGAAAGAAGUGCGGAAUAGUGUGAUAUGCGAAGUUGAGAUCCAGGACAUGACGGGCUACAAAGACUUUCAAUGUAACCACACAAUGGCUCAUCUGUUUUCUAAGCUCUCUUACUGUUACCUGUGUUUAGUGGCCGUCUAUGGAUUAACAAGCCUUUACACCUCUUACUGGCUGUUUUACCGCUCACUGAAAGAAUACUCCUUUGAGUAUGUGCGACAGGAAACGGGCAUCAGUGACAUCCCGGACGUCAAGAACGACUUUGCUUUCAUGCUGCACAUGAUCGAUCAGUAUGACCCGCUGUACUCUAAACGGUUUGCAGUUUUUCUAUCCGAGGUCAGCGAGAACAAACUGAAACAGCUCAACCUCAACCAUGAGUGGACCGCGGAGAAAUUGCGUCAGAGGCUGCAGACUAACGCCAACAACAGACUGGAACUUCAGCUGUUCAUGCUCCCUGGGUUACCCGACACUGUCUUUGAGUUGACGGAGCUGCAGUCGCUCAAGCUAGAGAUCAUCAACAAUGUCACCAUCCCUGCCUCAAUCUCUCAGCUUGAAGACCUUCAGGAGCUGUCGCUUUACCAAUGCUCUUUGAAGUUGCACACAACAGCUACCUCCUUUCUCAAAGAGAACCUGAAAGUGCUUCGUGUGAAAUUCGAUGACAACAGGGAACUUCCAAACUGGAUGUAUGGCUUGCGCAACUUAGAGGAGCUCUAUCUCACCGGGUCUCUAAGCCUCGAUGCCUCCAAAAAUAUAGUUCUUGAGUCGCUGCGGGAGCUGAAGUGUUUGAAAACUCUAUCCCUUAAGAGUAAUUUGACUAAGAUACUCCAGUCAAUAGUGGAUGUCUCAAGUCAUCUGCAGCGGCUGUACUUACGCAACGAUGGCACUAAGCUAGUAAUGCCCAACAACCUGAAAAAGAUGAACAACCUGAUCGAGCUGGAGCUAGUGCGUUGUGAUCUGGAGCGCAUCCCGCACGCAAUCUUCAGCCUUACGAAUCUGCAAGAGCUCGACCUGAAAGAGAACAACCUUCGCUCAAUAGAGGAGAUCAUCAGCUUCCAGUAUCUUCGAAAACUCACUUGCCUCAAACUUUGGUACAAUGGUAUCAUGUACAUCCCAGAGCAUAUCAAGAAGCUCGGCAGCCUAGAGCGCCUCUACUUCAGCCACAACAAGAUCGAGAUAUUGCCUUCGCACCUGUUCUUGUGCAACAAGCUGCGCUACCUGGACCUGUCAAACAAUGACAUCCGAUUCAUCCCUCCAGAAAUUGGGGUCCUUCAGAGUCUGCAGUAUUUCUCUGUCACCUGUAACAAAAUCGAAAAUCUACCAGAUGAGCUCUUCUUUUGCAAAAAGCUCAAAACACUAAAGCUGGGCAAAAACUCUCUGUCCAUACUCUCGCCAAAAAUCUCCUACCUAGCUCUACUGACAUACUUGGACCUCAAAUGCAACCACUUUGAGGUUCUGCCGCAAGAGCUCGGUUGCUGUCGUGCUUUGAAGCGCAGUGGCCUUAUAGUGGAAGACGCACUGUUUGAAACUCUGCCUUCUGAUGUCAGGGACCAAAUGAAGGCUGAGUGAGAUGCCUUAUUGUAGCCACAGUGCCUGCUGUUUGCUCUGUCUGUCAAUUCAGAGCAUUUGUUUUGUAUGAACUCAUUACCAUACUUAAGUAUUAGACUAUACUGUUGAAGCGUAACUUUGGUAUUUUUCAACCUGGACCCUAUUCUCCCAUGCGUUUGUUUCUAAGUGACUAAUGGGGAUAACAAUUUUUUAAAUUGGUACAGUAUUGAGGGAGAACGCUGUA